AGUUUAUGAUGGCUGACUAUUGAACAUUUUUGUGAUCGGCAAUAUGAAAAAAAUGCAUUAACUUUUGUAGAAAAGCUGGAGUUUAUUUUGUUUUGAAAUUUUUACACUUGUGUUUUUCUGAAGAAAUCCUUUUUUGCAGAACAACAAGAAAAUUUCAAAUGUGAACAAUAAAGUUUUGGAAUGUUCUUUUGUUAACUUGAACCAGGCAUCAUCUAAUUCAAAUAUGCAAAGAUCCACUGUUGAAACGCUGAAACAAAUUCAAAAACAAGGGCUAUCUAUAUCUAUUGUUAAUCCAGAUAGUGCUAGAUCCUCCUUUUCAUUGGAUACUUCUGUAUCUAAAGAAACAAAGCCAAUUGUAACAAUAGAUAAAACCCCUAAGCUUCCAACUCGUUCCUCAGUUGCAACAGAGAGCAAGGCAACCAUUUCGCAGAUUAAAUCGGUACCAAAUUCAUCUGCAGAAGUGCGAACAGCUGGUGGACAGUCAGCGAAUCAGACAAGUUUCCAAGAUGCUAAAAUACCUGGAAGUAUUACUAAGUCAGUUAAUCCUAUUGUAACUGGUUCAGAGACUAGGGCAUUUGGUUCUCAAAGUUGGAGUAAAUCAAUUCUGUCUGCACCAACUGAAAACAAAGCUCAGGGGACAUCUAAUCUUGUAGUGCAACCUGAAAACAAAACUCCUAGUGGUGCAGGACGUAAUUUACAAAAUUCAGCUGCAUUUUCAGAGAAUAAAAUUCAAAAUACUCGAACUGUUCCAGUCAUUUCCCAGGUGACAGAUAAUAAAAGCCAAAACAGGAUUGGUCAAAUAGCGACCCUUUCAGAAUCUAAGAACCAAGGAAAUCAGAGUCGUAACCAAAGUCAAUUGACAUUUGAAGGAAAACUACAAACAGGUCAAGGUCGUAUCAAUCUCAGUUCCCCACCAUUGGAAGUGAAAACCAUAAAUUCCAAUCAGGGUAGGUCAAGCCAAAAUUUUUCUGCAGUCAUUCAUGAAAACAAAAGCUCUAUUGGCCAAAGAUCAGUAAAUUCAGUAUUGAGUAAUAAUCAAUCAAAAUUGAACCAAAAUAGACCGACUGAAAUAAAGACAUCUAAUCCAGUUCGAGUUACACAGACAGCAAAAAAUAUUUCUGUGGAAAAAUUGCGACCAAAUGUUAAUGAGCAAGCUUCUGUAAGCUCACCCAUUUCAGAAAGGUCUUUAAACAAUCCAUUUCGAGUAGCUUCCACAUUAGGAAAAAAAGCAUCUGCUUCUGAAGAAAAAGCUGUAGUUAAAGUAACUCGUGUAUCUCAGAAUAUGUCUGUGGUGUCUGAAAAUCAGUCAUCUACUCAGUCCAAAAUUUCUCAAAACAUGUCAAUGCAUUCAGAAAAUAAAGCAGUUAGUCAAGUUGUAAAAGUUUCAUCUGUAUCAUCUGAGCUGUCUCAGAAAUCAUCAGUUUCAUUCGAUAAUUCGAUUAAUAACCCUAUAACUCCUGUAAUAAGCACCAUGUCUACACCAAGAGGAGCAGCUAAGAGGCCACAAGCUGUAAGGGUGGCUAAUAGCACUCCUGUAGCCAAAAAGAAAUGUACAAAAAGAGCAUCUCCAAGUGCAGAUGCUGGUGCAAAACGUUUGCAAAAUAUGGAUGCAUCCUUCAGUUCAGAGGAUGGUUCUUCUAAAGACAAGCAAUUUUUUAAUAUGAAAGGCUUAACUCCUGGUUUAACAAUAACACCUGUAGGUGGUAGUGCAUCAUCUGGUACAAAUCCAAGUACAAGUGGAAAUGCUGGAAAAGCAACUGUUUCAGGAACUACUGUUUCUGCUGUUGUGUCCUGUCCCUCUUGCCAGCAGUUAUCAGUAAAUCUCCAUUUUUGUGACUCUUGUCACUGCAGAAUACCUCCUAAUGCCCAGCAGAUUCCUCUCAACCGAAGGACAGAUGUUCCUGCCUUUGUAGUUACUAAAAACGUGACCACAAGCAUACAAAAGCAAAUUGUGUUUCAAUUUCAGGAAACUAAUCAAGCAUGUGUUCAGAUCCAAGGUAAAGUCAUGGUUGAAACCAAUCAGUCAGUAUCACCCCGAGCAAAAGGCAGACCAAGAACUAGGCGAAAGUUUGUAGAACCUGUAUGUUAUACUUUGUCCUCAGAUGAAGAAGAACCUGUUCCAGUCCCUUUUCACCCAGUUAUUGCAGAAACACAUCCAAAUGUAUCUCAGUAUUUUGCUGGAGAUUCUGAAGGAAGCAAGUCUGAGCAUUCAAGUGCUUCUGAAGUUCUACACGAUGAAAAUCAGGAAUUUGAUGAUCCUCAAUUUCCUGGUGUAACUGAUAUUAAUGAGCAAAUUGAAGUUGAGGAGGAACCAGAGGAAGAGGAAGAAGAAAUGGAAUUCGAAGGUGGAAGGGAAGAUGAAGAUUUCGAGGAAAGUAUAGAGGAAGAAGAGGAGGAGGAAAUUCCUCCUGAAGAACCUGAUGAGCCAGAUGUAAUUCAUGGACAAAAACCUACUGAUUAUCCUUUACGCUGCCGCAGCAUUAGAAUUGGUGCAUAUAAAGUUCAUCCUUAUAAUGAUUUACCAUAUAUACCUGUGAACUUAUCAACGGAAUAUAUUUCCUUCCGUGCCCCUACAAUAUAUGAUUCAAAAUAUGUUACUCUCACUAUUAGAUGUCAUGAUGUAACUAAGGUUUUGGUUCAUUUUGGAAGAUGUCUGCCUAUUAUGUUCGUAUAUACUACUGCAAGUUUUGGAGAAAGUGUUAGAAAUUCUUUACGCAUGAACACAUCUGAUGAAUACUUUUUUGAUCCUGGAUCAAGAGUCGAGAAGGUUCAGAAGAUAACAUUCCUUAUUGACGCCAUGACAGAUGAGCAGCGUAAUUUUCUCAGGCAUUGCUUUCCUGGUGAUAAAAAAGUGAAAGAAAUAGACCAAAAAGAAGCUAAUGAAAUAUUAGUGAAAUCCACUCCUAACCAGUUUGUGUUUCAGAAUAAUCCACCAAUAACUUCAAAGCUUCAGGCUGCACAAGAGCAGCCAGCACCCGUACAAAUAGGUCCUACACAAUCCCAAAUGACUGCACAAAAAGUUAUACCCCCACAUCAGCCUAUAAUUAAGCUGUUAACAUACCCUCCGCCUCCUCAAACAGGAGGUAUAGCUAUUACCACUGAAGAUUUAUCAUGUUUGAAUGAAGGAGAAUUUUUAAAUGAUGCUAUAAUAGACUUUUACUUGAAAUAUAUUUUUAAUGAAAAGUUAACACCAAGUCAACGGGAGAAGACACAUAUAUUCAGUUCUUUCUUUUAUCCUCGUCUGACCCAUAAACCAGAACGACCCAGGCCUGGAGAUGAAACCAACAAAAAUGUACAAGCUAGACGUCACAAUCAAGUUAAAACUUGGACGAGACACGUGGACAUUUUUUCGAAGGACUUCAUUAUUAUACCUGUGAAUCAAAAUGUCCAUUGGUUUUUGGCCAUCAUCUGUUAUCCGGGUAAAGUACCAGAAGUUUCUGAAUCUGCCACUAGAUCAGAAGUCAGAAGCAAUAAAUCAUCUGAUAAUGUAUCUUCUACCGUUGAGCAAGAGAGUAGUAGUGGAAGUAAAGUAAUCAUCAGGGAAUUGAGCAAUAAUGGCGAAGGUGAUAGCUUAAAUCAAGAUGAAAAUUCAACUAGCAGUGUCAACUCAACAUAUUUAGUCGAGGAGCCUCCAGAUUCGGAUGAACCAUCCCCUGAAACACCUGACAGUACUACUCACCCUGAUGGAAAACAAAGAAAAGAAAUGCCGUGCAUUUGCAUUUUUGAUUCUUUAAGUGGACCAAAUCGAUGGAGAAUACCUGCAACAUUACGAGAAUAUUUAGAAAUGGAGUGGAAAAUGAAAAAAGGCACAAAGAAAGUAUUUGAUAGGAAUACGAUGCAAGGAUUUGUCAUGAAAUGUCCCCAGCAAACAAAUUUUAGUGAUUGUGGAACUUAUUUGUUACAAUUUGUGGAAAGUUUUUUUGAGAAUCCACUACCCUAUUUUGGAAAUCCAAUGCCUGAUUUAACAAAUUGGUUUUCUGAAUCAAAAAUCGCAAAAAAACGAAAUGAACUCAGAGGCCUUAUACUCAGCAUACAUAAAAACCAAGUUGACAUUGCAAAUGCCCGUAGAGGGAAACCACCUGAUGGUGUUCAAGUUACUCCUGUGACAGUGCAACAGACUGAUAACAGAUGAUGAAUUUAUAGCUUGCACUUAGUUUCAGUACCAUCGAUUUCCGGAUUUCCAUCUUGUUACAGCUGAGGCUGUAUUGUAAACAUUUCAUUAAACCUACAGCAUUGCUAUUGGAGGAGGAAAUUUUUUUAUUGUUUGUAAAUUGAUUGGAAUGUCUGUAUAUAUGGAAAUCAAGCUGUGUAAUUAUUUUUCUAUGUUUAAUUUCUUUGAAACUCAAUUCCUCAACCUUAACUUAUUUCAGUGUUUUGUGUAAGAAAAAAGAAAGAAAAGCUGAAAAUAAGGUGAAAAAAAAAGAAGAGAACCUUCAUUCAGUGUUAUUUCAAUUCAUUUUCAUAUAUUAUUAUUUAGUUAUUGAUUGCUAGAGUCUGUGAAAUGUGAAGUUUUCUUUUGUAUUGCUUAAGUUACAGGAAGUGCUAAAGUCUGAUCAUUAUUCAUUAAAGUUGUUUUUUACAAAUUGCUUUUUUAUUGUACUGCUGUAACUCAUAAUGUUAUUCUAUUCACUUCGAUAGCCAAUGAAUUAACAUUAAAACGUAGAAUCACUUGGACUGAAAAUCUGGCAAGUGGUUGCUUCUUGGCUAAGAAAUGUUUGUUAAGAAAGAAUUUUUCAUAAGAAUUUUUAAAAAUUAUCUUAAAUUUUUGUUUUCUGGAAUAACUUCAGAACAUAUUAUGCACCUUAAAAGUUUUUUUUUUAAAAAAAUAGCCUUUCAGUUAUAUCUAUGUGAUG